AUGCACGUCCGCGAGGGAAACGAGGCAAAAGAGGACCUCCUGGAGAUUCGGGAACUCCGGGCCCUUUGGGACCGCCGGGUAAACCAGGUUUUCCGAGUUUCAAAGUGUUGUCUACUCUAUAACUGCAUUCUUGUCUUUCCAUCCCAUCUAAAGGGCGCUAUCGGUAUAGACGGACCCAAAGGUGAUCAUGGCUUCAAAGGAGAUAAAGGGGAUAAAGGAGUUAAGAGGUCGGUCACUAGACUUCGCGGCGGGACAUUAGGCUAUGCAGAGGUGAUAGCGAUUAAGGGUUUAGCCUCCCUUGGCAUCACUUUAUCUCCCGGUGACUUACUUCUGCUCAAAGGAGAGCCAGGUCAACCAGGACCUCCCGGCUCCGCUGGACCCCCCGGACCCACUGGAUUACCCGGAUUUGAUGGCAGAGUUGGCUUACCCGGCGAACCCGGUCCUCCCGGCCUUCCCGGACCCAUAGGACCUGAGGGCCCGAUUGGUCCCAUUGGUAAAGAUGGUCUCAUUGGUCCGAAGGGCGAAAUGGGCUCAAUGGGACUGCCCGGCCAUAACGGACUUAAAGGAGAUCCAGGAGACAAAGGAGAAAAGGGUGACAGAGGACUGACCACAACAUUAGAUGGCAACGCAUUCCCCACCGGUUUCAUCGAAGGACCCGCA